AUGGGAGAAGGUGGCUUCGGAAAGGAAGGCGGCUUCGGCAAGGGCAAGAAGGGAGGUAAGGGAAAGAAGGGCGGCAAGAUAUCCUGAGUAAAAACGUACCCACACCAGAGUUGUAAUGCAGAUGUACAAAGACAGGAAGACUUGUAAUGCGCAUCCCCAUGAGAGCCAUUUCCAAUCGUUUUUCGGAAUUUGUGAUGCUGUGAACAGGAUGAGCAGACGAAUCUGUGACGCGGCUGCACUUGCUAACCUGCACUACACUGCCGAGCGCAACUUGUCAUGCGUGACUCACAAAACUCCCAGGCUUGUGUUGCAGAAUCCCCAUCCUGACUCUGGUGUGGGUGCGUUUUUACUCAGGAUACAAGAAGGGAGGCAAGAAGGGCGGUGACGCAGACAAGGAGUGGGUGCCCUGCACCAAGCUCGGCCGAUUGGUCAAGGAUGGUAUAAUUUCAGAAUUUUUUUUUCGCUGUGAAUGCGAUUUAGAAUGAUUGUGUCGGAACAGUGUCAGCUUGAAAAGUUGCGAAGCACGACUAUGUGAUUGAGGGCGGUAUUGAAGAGGUCAGUGACAUAAGCUGCACUCGAGUCUACACCUAGCUGACAAGGACCUUCUAGCAACACAAGUUUAUUACUUCGAGCGGAUACUUAGUAGUUCCUCAAUGUGCACUCCUGAAUGUGGAGAAGCCGUACGGUAGAAAUCGCUGUUUUAUUUCAUCGGUGUGACGGGGUGGCAUUUUAGUUUUACCACACCAGAGCGCCGUGUCAUCAUCCCGCUUAUCACGACUCAAUUCCAAAAAAUUUUCUUCUAAACCGCCACUACGACCCAUCUAUCAGGUAAAAUCGCCACCCUGGAGGACAUCUACCUGCACUCCCUGCCGAUCCGUGAGUACCAGAUCAUUGAUCACUUCUUCCCGGCCCCGGCUGGCCAGCCCGGCGCCCUGAAGGACGAGGUCGUGAAGAUCCACCCGGUCCAGAAGAUGACCUCCGCCGGUCAGCGCAACCGCUUCGUCUGCUACGCCCUGGUCGGCGAUGGCAACGGACACAUCGGUCUUGGAUCCAAGGUAUAAGUGGUUUUUAAUUGUUCAUGCGAGUUAUGAAGAAACCUUCAAUUGAUUUUUGUUUCAUUGCAAUUCUGUAAUGCUGAUAGAUUUAUUUUCGAUGGAGAUGGAGAUGGAGUAUGGCAUUGGUUUGUCUAUCACAUGCGGUCUUAUAAUCCUUGUUGAUGCACAAACUACCAGGUCGGAAAGGAAGUCGCUACCGCUAUCCGCGGUGCUGUCAUCUGCGCCAAGUUGAACUUGAUCCCGGUCCGCCGUGGGUACUGGGGUAACAAGAUCGGUCUUCCCCACACCGUCCCGAUGAAGGUAAAGAUUUUACACACUCAAAUGUUUUUCAUUCUUGCGUUUAAUGUACAGAUGUCUGUGGUAAAAGCUUUGUCAUACAAAAAUGCACAACAUACGAGAAUCCCUGUCGUUUGCAGAAGCGCUAAUGCGGAAUUUUACAAUCCCAAACUAUAACCCCAGGUCACUGGUAAGUGCGGUUCCGUGAUGGUCCGGUUGAUCCCGGCCCCGCGUGGUAGCGCCGUGGUUGGGUCCCUGACUUUGAAGAAGAUCAUGGCCUUCGUAUGCUAGGUAAAAACGUCCCCACCCCAGAGUUGUCAUGCAAAAAUGCAUGCUGGAAAUGUUUCUCAUGCGGAUCCCCACGAGAGACAUUUUCUCAUGCUAUCUGGAAGUUUGUGAUGCUGGAAUCAGGAUAGGGUAGUCGGUUUGUCAUGCAGCUGCACUACUUCAAACAGAACUACACUACGAGUCUAAAUUUGUCAUGCGAAACAGCCAAAACUUGUUGAUUUGUGUAGCAAAGUCACCAUCUUGACUAUGGUGUGGGGACGUUUUUACUCAGGAUACUUCGCCGGCGUGCAGGACGUCUUCUCCUGCUCCUCCGGGCACACCCGCACCAAGGGCAACUUCAUCAAGGCCACGUUUGAAGCCCUCCGCAACACCUACCGCUUCAUCACCCCGGAGCUCUGGGAGCCGACUGCGUUUAAGAUCAACCCGUACCAGGAGUUCAGUGACUACCUGAUGGAGGCCAAGUCCGCGUAAAUCGCGAUGAAGUGUCUGUCGUAGGCUGAAAAGACUACAUAUCGGAUGUUUUGCUUGAUGCGAGAUGUGAAACGGGAGAUCAUGUUUGGAACAAACACGUCUUCUGCGAUCCGCAAGAGCGGAUAGUACUGUGAACAAUUCCUCGAGGUUGUAUUGGACCCUAUAACAAUUCUUGCCACACACCAAAAAAAACUGCGGUUUGAACAUCAAAUCGCAUGGCGGAGAGCGCUUUUGCUUUCUGUCUGCUGGUACCAGGAGCGUCAGGACUUCUGGCGUGUUUAUGGAAAGUCUAUGUUGUUCGAGG